AUGAAUAGCUCCCUUGAAAAAUUUAUAAUGGCAACAGAAGGUCCAAAGGCUCUGGCUACCUUCUUCCUCUUCAUUAACCUCUUGAUGUAUGCCAUCCUAGUUGUUGUUGCAGGUUGGGCUCUCAACUAUGGCAUUGAUGAGACUCCACAGUCAGUUUCAGAACUUAGUCUGCCUGCAAGGCUGUUUCCAGUAUAUUAUCCCAUUGGGAACUUAGCCACAGGGUUUGUUGUGAUGUUUUCGCUAAUUGCUGGAUUGGUGGGCGUUGCUGCGUCGCUCACAGGCCUUCAGAAUGUUGUUCAGGGGAGCACAUCAGGCCUGUUAUCUGCUGCUGCUUCUUCUGUUAUGGCUUGGGGCCUCACACUUCUGGCCAUGGGGUUGGCUUGCAAGGAGAUAAGCAUUGGUUGGAGGACAGCAGGCCUGAGAGCACUAGAGACCUUGACUAUCAUGGCUAGUGGAACCCAGCUUUUGUGCACUGGAGCUAUUCAUGCUGCCCUUCCUUCCACCAUCAGCCAACCUCUCUUCACUGGAAGAGCCUGAAUUUCUGAAGGAAAUUAAAUUUUCUUUAUAACCCUAUAUUAUCAUAUAUAUGUUAUGUAUGUGUGUAUAAUGAUAUUUUCAUACUUGCUACAAUUAAUGAUCAUUGUUCUUGAAAUUUCUAUUAUACUUAAUUAAUAUUAAGUU